UGGGAAACUGACAGUUGCCAAAAUUUUGACAGUAGUUCCGACUUUUUGAGUAUAUUUUGCAUUUUUUUGCCAAAAAUCCUAAUUUAAAUAGUGUACGUGUCACACUAGCUGAUAAAAUGAGCGAAUUAUGAUUACCUGAAGUCGGGUUGAAGCAAAAUCAAGUGUAAUGGCAAAAUUCAAGUUGGGUGAAACACGUAUGCAAUUUUAUCAAAAAAUCUGAUAAUGACCGGUCUCUGCCUGUGAAUAUCGGCCUUCCGUGACGAAAUCAUCAUGUUGCCACUGUCGCACAAGGAUAAUUUGCACCGGGGCUUCGGGUCCCGAAUUAAGGAGAAGUUGAACGGGUGGAUGAGGUUAAUUUUUUCCGACAGGAACUCCCGCAAUUUGUUUCUGUUCCUGCUUCUGAACCUCUCGUUUGCGUUUGUAGAGUUAGUUUAUGGUGUAUGGUCUAAUAGCUUAGGUUUAAUAUCCGAUUCCUUCCAUAUGUUUUUCGACUGUACUGGCUUAUUAGCCGGCUUGGCCGCGUCCGUAAUCACGAAAUGGAAAGCCAACGAGAAAUAUUCGUACGGUUACGUCCGUGCUGAGGUUUUGGCCGGUUUUGUUAAUGGGUUGUUUUUGCUUUUUAUCUCGUUUUUUAUCAUGUCGGAAGCUGUAGAGCGUGCAAUAGAGCCCCCUGAGGUGAAACACGAGAGGUUGUUUCUGGUCUCAGUGCUGGGCCUUUUAGUCAAUUUGGUGGGAAUUUACGCCUUCCAGCACGGCCAUGGGCACUCCCACGGUGGUGGCGGCCACGGUCACUCCCAUGGGCACAACCACAACUCCCAUGGUCACUCCCACGACCACACUCUGGACAUAGAUAUAGCAGCAAGUGGUAAUUCGCAAAUAAUGAAAGGAGUGUUCCUCCACAUCCUGGCCGACACUUUGGGAAGUGUUGGUGUAAUAAUUUCGGCAGUGUUAAUGCAAAUGUUCGGUUGGAUGAUUGCUGAUCCAAUUUGUUCGAUGUUUAUUGCGAUUUUAAUAGCGUUAAGUGUGCUAGCGUUGAUUAAAGAUUCCGUUGUUAUUUUAAUGCAGAGACAGCCGUAUGCACUUGAUAAUGUUUUGCCGCAGUGUUACCAGAAAGUGGUCAGUUUGCCAGGCGUUUAUUCGGUGCAAGAGCCCCAUUUUUGGACCCUUUGUAGUGAGGUUUACGUGGGGGCGCUUAAAUUGGAAGUAUCAAAAAAUGUUGAUCCUAAAUAUGUCGUGUCGCACACGCAAAUGAUUUUUGCGUCGGUGGGGGUUAGGCAGAUUUAUGUGCAACUUGACUAUACUCCAAUGUGAUUUUUUAGCUUAAAAAACAUUCCUUCCUGACCCGACAUUUUUUGAUACAAAUUCGCAUUUUGUUAUUUAUUCGAGGCAUUUUCUAGUAUUGAUAAAGCGUUUUAUGUAUACAGUGAUUUAUUUUAAAAGCAAAAUAUAAGUGCGCCGCAGA